AAGCCAAAUCGCCACGGCCACAACACCACUCCUCCUUCCCCUUCCGCGCGGCGAUGCGGAGCAGCAGCCAUGGAGGUGCUCAGCUCCAGCCGCUUCGCUAGGGCGCUCCCCAACCUCCUCGAGCCCACCUCCAGGGCCCUCAGGCCCGCGCACCACCGCCGACGCGCCGUCCAUGCCCUAGCCUCCGCCCCCGCCGACACCGCGCCGUCACCCCCUUCGCCGCCGCCGUGGCUGUCGCGGCUCCUCUCCGCGGCGCUGAGGGGCGGCCGCGCUGGAGGGGAGCUCCCGGACCUCGCGGAGGCGGCGACGGGCGGGGCCGGGAUAGGGACGCUGCUGAUGAGCACGACGGCGGCGGCGGUGACCAAGGCGCGGGAGAGCCCGUACCUGCUGGCGCUAGCGGCGAACCCGACGUUCGUGUCCGGGCUGGUGGCGUGGGCGGUGGCGCAGGCCGCCAAGGCCCUGCUCACCUCCGUCGUUGAGCGGCGGUGGGACCUGCGGAUGCUGUUCAGCUCCGGCGGGAUGCCGUCCUCGCACACCGCGCUCUGCACCGCGCUCACCGCCUCCGUCGCGCUCUGCCACGGUGUCAGCGACGCGCUAUUCCCCGUCUGUCUUGGGUUUACUCUAAUAGUUAUGUACGACGCCACGGGCGUCAGGCGCCACGCUGGGAUGCAGGCCGAGGUACUCAAUAAGAUCGUUGAGGACCUGUUUGAAGGCCAUCCCAUUAGUGAAAGAAAACUUAAGGAGUUGUUAGGACACACUCCGUCACAGGUCUUUGCCGGAGCAAUUUUAGGCAUCUUGGUGGCCUGGUAUUGCUGCCAGGGUUGUAUUGUACCCAUUUGAUGUUGCUAUUGUAUGACUGGUCCAGAAGAGGAAUCAUUCCCACGGAGAUUUUGCACGUAGUGUAACCAUUGUUCUGGGAAAUAGCUGUCCAGCCCAGUUCGAUAUUGUCAAGAAGUUAACUACUGCCCUCCAUCUUGGGCAUGUCCCUGUAUAUAUGUGACUUAAUAGUACGAAAUAAUUUUCGGUCAUCUUUGAGCCUCAAUGCAAAGUUGAUGCUCAA